CCCGCCCAUUCUGAAAGCUAGGGUUUUUCAGUUGCAGAGAGCCAAAGGUUUCUCCUCUCUGCCUCACAUCUCAACUGCUCUGCAAUACCCUCUUCACUUCCGCAGGGUCCACCAUGAGCAACGACAAGGAUAGCUUCAACGUUGCGGAUCUCGCUUCCGCCCUCAAUGACGAGGAUCGAGCUGGGCUCGUUAGCGCCCUCAAGAAUAAACUCCAGAAUUUGGCAGGGCAGCAUUCUGAUGUGCUCGAGAACCUCUCACCAGUCGUUAGGAAGCGCGUCGAAGUUCUCCGAGAUAUCCAGAGCCAGCAUGAUGAAUUAGAAGCAAAAUUCCUGGAGGAAAGGGCUGCACUUGAAGCUAAAUACCAAAAACUUUAUCAACCACUGUAUACCAAGAGAUAUGAUAUUGUGAAUGGUAUCGUUGAAGUGGAAGGAAUUCCGGAGGAGGCAGAAAAGAGCCAAGAAGAAGAUAAGGCUGGUGAAGAAAAAGGGGUGCCUGAUUUCUGGCUUAAUGCAAUGAAAAAUAAUGAAGUGCUAGCUGAGGAGAUUAACGAGCGUGAUGAAGGGGCUCUUAAGUAUCUCAAGGAUAUUAAGUGGUGUAAAAUAGAUGAACCCAAGGGAUUCAAACUGGAAUUCUUCUUUGACACUAAUCCCUAUUUUAAGAACUCUGUCUUGACAAAGAUCUACCACAUGAUUGAUGAAGAUGAGCCGAUUUUAGAGAAAGCUAUAGGGACGGAGAUUGAAUGGUAUCCAGGAAAAUGCUUGACCCAGAAGAUUCUCAAGAAGAAGCCAAAGAAAGGAUCUAAGAAUGCAAAGCCCAUUACUAAAACUGAGAAUUGCGAAAGCUUUUUCAACUUCUUUAGUCCACCUCAAGUGCCUGAGGAUGAUGAAGACAUCGAUGAAGACACUGCUGAGGAACUUCAAAAUCUGAUGGAACAAGAUUAUGACAUUGGGUCAACCAUAAGAGAUAAGAUCAUCCCUCAUGCGGUUUCAUGGUACACAGGGGAGGCUAUUCAGGGAGACGAAUUUGGGGAUUUGGACGACGAUGAGGAUGAAGGUGACAUUGACGAGGAUGAUGAAGAUGAUGAGGAUGAAGAUGAAGAAGAGGAUGAGGAUGAGGACGAGGAUGAAGAUGAGAAGAAGACGAGAAAGAAGAAGGGUGGGAGGGCUCAUGCAGGCGAAGGUCAACAAGGUGAGAGGCCUCCAGAGUGCAAGCAGCAGUGAUGUAUCCCAGAAGAAAAAGGUCAGAAAAAGAGGGGGAAUAUGUUUUCAGUUUGUCUUCUAUCUUCUGAUUGCUUGGUUUGGAGGAGAAAUCACAAGUUUUGGGUGAGAAAUGGCAGUCUUAUUCGUUUGGAGGGGGCAUAUCUCUCAUAUAGUCAAGUAGUUUGAUGAAAUGGUAUUUAUCGUUGUUGUAAGUUUCACAGACUGCUGAAAUAUGAAUCAUUUUUUAUUGUGUGCAAUUGGGUUCUGGUC